UGCAUUUCUCUCUGUCACAGACCUCUAGCACAGUCUUACCAGCAAAACCGUAGGAACCCUGGUGCAAAGGAACAGCAUCCUUAAAGUGUGUAGAGAAAGCUUUAUUCUCUGCUUAUGCAUCUUGGGAGCUUCACCUGAAUAUUCACCAUGGAGAUAUAUAUCCUAGGGAUUCUCAUUGCAAUAUGUGGCAAUCUUCUCAUCAGUAUUUCAUUAAACGUCCAGAAGUACACUCACAUACGUCAGUCCCAACAAGGCACCAAGCCAUACUACACCAGUCGACUGUGGUGGUGUGGAAUCCUACUGAUGGGACUUGGUGAACUUGGUAACUUUGCUGCAUAUGGAUUUGCACCAGCUUCCCUCAUUGCUCCUCUUGGCAGUGUUUCUGUCGUUGCAAGUGCUGUAAUCUCUGUUGUUUUCCUGAAAGAGAUCUUACGAGCCUCUGAUGUGCUGGGCGGUGUUCUCGCUCUAACUGGUACAUACCUGCUGGUGACCUUUGCCCCACACUCUGCCCCCCAUGUGACAGCCAACAUGGUGGAGCGCUGCCUCAUCAGCUUGCAGUUCCUCAUCUACUUUUUUACUGAAGUGGUUUUGUUUUGUAUCCUACUCUUCCUGUACAAAUGCAGGAACAUGAAGCACAUUGUUAUUGUGAUGCUUCUGGUGGCUCUACUGGCCUCUGUUACUGUAAUCACGGUCAAAGCUGUGUCUGGAAUGAUCACAGAGACAAUUCGUGGGAGCCAUUUACAGCUCACAUAUCCCAUUUUCUACAUCAUGUUUGUCAUCAUGGUAGUCUCAUGUGUGUUCCAGAUUAAGUUUCUUAACGAAGCUAUGAAGAUGUUUGAUGCAACAGAAAUUGUUCCUAUCAAUUUUGUUUUCUUCACAGCCAGUGCUGUAAUAGCAGGGAUUUUAUUUUAUGAAGAGUUCUAUGGUUUAUCACUGAUAUACAUCAUUAUGUUUGUGCUUGGGUGCUUGUUAGCAUUUACUGGAGUGUUUCUGAUUGCUAGGACACGACCUAAAAUCAAAAUGGACAGUGUCUUAAUCUCUAUGGGUAAAAUCUCAGGUAAAAGCAGCGCUGCUAACACAAAGCCAGAAAAAAAGGACAAUAAAUAUGGAGGUCUGGCUUCCAAACUUGUGUGCAACAGUGGAAUGCAGCAGGCUGACUCUUAGAGCACCACCUUCUGGAAUAGUUGCAUGUAG